AUGAAGAAAAGCAACCAGAGCAGACGGGGCGUUCAGGACUCGGGUCCACAGGCAGUCCAGCAGCCGGAGAAAGUGGGCUGGAUCAGGAAGUUCUGCGGCCGAGGGAUCUUCAGAGAGCUGUGGAGGAACCGGUACGUGGUCCUGAGAGCAGACCACCUCUACAUCUCUGACAAGGAGGUGAAAGACGAACGGAAAGCACAGGAGGUGUUUGACCUGGCUGACUACGAGCGUUCAGAGGAGCUGAGGAAGGCGAAGAGUCGCAGCAAGAAGAACCACAGCCGCUUCACCGUUCUGCGCUGCAGACAGCCGGGAAACACCGUUCCCAACCUUGUGUUUCUGGCGGUGAGUCCAGAGGAAAAGGAAUCAUGGGUCAACGCCCUCAAUGUGGCCAUCAUCAAAGCCAAGAACCGCAUCUUAGACGAGGUGACCAUCGAGGAGGACAGUGCGCUGGUUCAUCCCACCAGAGACCGGGCAAAGAUCCCUCAUGGCCGCCGGCUGCCGACCAGAGGACACCUGAUGGCAGUGGCGUCCACCUCGUCCCAUGGCAUGCUGACUCUGGACCUGGUUGCAGAGGAGGAUGGUUUCUGUCCGGACUACGAUGACGCCUCCCGGGAAUCCUGGGAUAACAGCUUCCCAGACGAGGGGGGGUCGUGUGGACAAGCGGCAGUUGUCGGAUCUGGGGGGUGCGGAGUUCGUCAGCGAGCCGGCACCGACGUGUCCAAGCUCCGGGUGACAUCCAAGGAGCCCAAGGUGAAGACCAGCAGUCUGCCCAGGGGGAGUGAGCGGUCCUGGGGCAAACAGUCCCACCUGGAGGCCUGCAAGGUCCACAAGACCCAGCAGGUGCAGGUGCUUCAGGCUCAGUCUCGAACACCACAGCCCGGGAAGAGGUUCAGCAUGCAGGGCCGAAGUCGCUGUGCCUCCAUGGAUGAAGUCCUCUCCUCCAGACCGGCGAUGAUUCGCUCUGAGUUGCGCUUCGCUCUGCGGCGUUACCCGACUGAAGAGGAGGCGGGGGGCGGGGCUUCAGUACAGCCGGUCGGCCAGCUGCAGAGCCUAAUCGCCCAGCGGAUGCAGAGAGCUCAGGAGCUGCUGGAGGAGAUGAGACUGCAGGAGCUGCAGAAGGCCAAAGCAGAGAGAGAACGAGGAGGCAGCUCACCCUACCUGAAAGGCGUCGGCUCCCCUCGCCUCCACCACCUCAGGGGCUCGGACUCUCCUCACUCCAGCAGGUCGUCUGGAUCUCCAAGGAGCAGGAGCAGCGACUCUCCUCGCAUCCGGGGCAAAGACUCUCCUCGUCUGAGAGGGAGAGAGUCUCCUCGAUCCAAAGCCAAGAGGAAUCGCUCCAAAGGGGCCGACUCGCCUCGCUCCAGAGGGUCUCAUUCACCUGCCGCUAAAGCAAACGACUCUCCUCGACUGAAAGAUUCAGCUCGUCACGCUGCCACCGACUCCCCUCGGACAAAGAGCUCCGACGCGGUCUGUUCACCAAAACUCAAGGGAUCGUCCAGCUCCUCUUGUCCCAACAAGGGGGACAACUCUCCUGUGCAGAAGUCGCCUGAAUCCCCUCCAUGUGUCAGCAGAUUCGACUCCUCGCAUGUUAAAGGAUCCGAUUCACCACGAAGCAGUGAAACCGACUCCCCUCGUGUGGGGAGCAGCAAAGAGUCGCCCUGUCCGAGUCAGAAGAACUCCCCGAGCCUUUCUGGACCCUAUGAGUCCUCGCAGCCCAAAACCCCCGACAAACACCGCCUGUCCCCUCCUUCGCCAUCCUCGCCUCCGUCCCUGCUGUCGGAAGAGGACCUCGAGGUGGAGAACAGGCGUGCCGAGGCCGAGCGUCUCCUGGAGGAGGCCGUGUCGUCGUGGAAGGAGGCACAGGAGGUGCUGCAGGAGGUGAAGGAGCUGCAGAGCCAGACUCUACGGCGGCAGCGCAGGAGGACCUACGAGAAGAUGACGCCAACAGCGGCGGUGGCUCAGUUGCCAACAGCGACCGCGACGGCAGAUGAGGACGAUAUGCCCACCUCACCGACGUCACCUGAGGAUGACGACGAGUCUGAGACACCUUGAUGAGGAUUUUCUUUCUUACAAAUCUUUAUUGAAUAAUUGACUUUACUCGAUGAAAGUAGCAGCG